UCAUUUUCUUACUAAGAAAUCAGAAAUGAUUAACGCGUUAUUUUUUGGCCACGACCGAAUAAACAUGAUCAAAUUUGAUUAUCUACCUGGUUUAGUGUGAUAUUUACCUGCGUAGCUGGGUAGAACCCGAACAUGGUGGCUGGGGAUAAGAUCGGUUCCGUAUUCAACGAGCUAGUGCGUUCGCAGUUGUGUGAUUCCAUCUAGAGCUAGAUCUGCGAAGGAUCGCCCUACCUGUGAGCAAAACAGCACACCUGCACUCGUUCACUGCGGAAUGCUGCUGUCCCGAGACUAUACGUGCUCGUGGAACUCGGUGGACGUCCUGGUGGACGGUCUGCUCCAGCACGGCAAGAUCGUCAACCUGGCGGAGGGCGGCCUGAUCAUCGAUUUCGGAUGCGCCGCGCAGCGCUCGCACUUCAUCGCCUACGGAACGGUGUUCCGCUGUCAGUCCCGGGUGGCCAGCCUGGGAGCCUGGCAGGCCCUGCAGGGGGACUUGCAGGUGCUGCUGCGUCCGCGUCAGAACGCGGCCAUGAGCUGGUAUCCGGGGAAGGUGGCCCGGGGCUGCGUCUUUGGCAAGACGGCCUUCGUGCAAGUGCAGCUGCCGCACGGCACCGUCGAGGAGGUGGUCCGCUGGGAGCAGGUGCGCCCAGCGCUGCCGGAGGGCGGUUAUGAGUUGUUGCGGAUGGUGAUGCCCAAUGAGUUUGUCAUCCGCGCUUGUCGGCUGCCCGUCGCCUACUGGUCGGAGGCAACCCCGCAGCUCGGGGAGAUCCUACAGUGCCGAGUUAACCAACGCUAUAAGGUCCUGUGCACGGCCGUGCUCAGCCAGACCCUGCUCUACCUCCAGGCGCAUGAACACGUUCCCUUAACGGCUGAGCAACUGCAAGAGCAAUGCGAUGCGGCUAAGAAAACCCAGGCGGGGGUCGGCUCGUUACCGGCAUUGCAAUCGCGCACGUGUUCAGCCAGGAAGACGCGAAAGACUGCCGCCAAUUGCCGUUUGAGUCUGCCGUUACCGCCGGAGCUGCUGGUGGCGAUCUUCCAGACGUUGGAUUCUGUCGAGCGCGUCCGCUGUCGCCGUGUAUGUGCCGCAUGGAACACCCUUCUCACCACCGAGGCCUACUUUCCCGACGUGCGCGUCUCCGCUGACUAUGCCGUGUAUGGAGAGGAGAUUUCUCCAACGACGGCGCCUACUGGGUGCUGGCCGGUUUAUUCAAGUGCCUGACCCGUGCCACUAGGGUAGCGGUGGUUAGCCACCUAGACACCGAAGACAUCCAGCACGUCGCGGCACCGAUUAGCCGCGUAUGCAACGCCAACCGCAAGAUCCCGCUGGUGGCGUUCUGUGCGUGUGAUCUGGGUAGUAAGGGAGAGUUUGCCAGUAAGGUCUUGGGCAAUUUGGCGAACCUGGCCUGGAAGUGUUCCUGUGAGAGGAUGGUGUGGAAGAAAUGCCGCAUCGUGUCCCACACCCAGAACCUGGAUGUAGCGCAGCACGCGUUCCGCAUCCAGUCGCGGACAGACGCGGAGAAGCAGCUAUUGGAUUACUUUGAGCAACUUCAGGAGGCCAAGAAGCCGCAUGAUAUGCAGGCCUUGUCAAAAUGGAUCGCCGACUGCGUGGCCCAACAGCGGUGCUUAACACUUAUCAGAGUCCGGACCCGCGCCCGACCACCCAGUAUCGCGGCGUAAAGUGGACGAUGUCCAACAUCGUCGAUCUGGAUGUCAGCAUGCUGACCACGCUGACUACGAUGUUCCUGAACGAGCACCGCAUCGGAUCCAAACGUGAAUAGCUGACAGAUGCCAUUUGCGAACAACUCCGGCCAAAACUAGGAUGGUCGGAUAAUUGUCCUUUAUUGCUCUUCUGCGCCACAUGCAUGUCGGCUGCAGUUUCCGAUUCGUUCAACACGUGAUCCCCACUUUUAGCACUGUU